ACUCAAUCACCAUUCAGUUGCGGCUCUCGUGCUGGACACGUUGCUGCACCAUCGAUGCACGACCUUGUGAGGCCUGAGCCUUGGUCGCUUCGUCGCCUCGCUGCACUAUUUCCGGCCUCACUGCCCUGUUCCCGGCUUCGGUGCUUCGCUCCCAAGCACUCAAUCGAUCCAUUCAGACCGUCGAUCGAGUUCUCCAGGGGUUACCGCCCCGAUCUGACAUCUCUGACGAUGGUAACCAGCAGCAAUCUUGUUCCCAGUGUCGUAAAACCGGCCAUGUCUGUGCGUGAAUGAGGGUGCCCACGACUGCCUACUGCAGCCCUCGGCGUUAAACUCGCUUGCUCCCUGCCCAUGCGGAUUACACCAGUUGGGUGACUGUCCGAGCGCAGUGGAUGUGCAUGUUAGAGAGACCCUGGACCGAGUGUCCGAGCCCCCGAUCCGCGCGACAUGUGAAUGACAGCGCAAAUAGUGUGGGGUAACCAGUCCGGCGAUUUGAACAUCCGGGGUAGACGGACCUGCAUCAGCGUGUCCUUCACACACCUUGUAGAUCAUCAUGUAUCACCAUAUAUCACAUCUCCGCCAUCGUAACAUGACGCACACAAAUAUUUCAUCCUGCACCCAAUCGAUAGCUCCUCCCCAGCGCACCAAAGCGAAAGGCGCCCGCACCGCCACACGUCGGCUGCUUGAAGUCACCGACGCGCGUCAAAAGGUUAAUCCCGGCGCCCAUCCCCACACGUCAUGCCAUCACCGCGAGGCCCGACCUCUCAUCUUCUCUGAUGCUUUCACUCGUUCUUUUCCUCGCGUGUCAGGAGACUGCCCCACAUUUGGGUUUCCGGGUCAGCGACAGCUCCACUCAGCCUCCACCGUGCCAGAGUCGGGUGACGCCCCCCGGGACAGGCGCGCGGUCUUCUUAAAUUUAUAAGAGCGAGACGUGCCGGCAGCCACGGUUCUCCCCCUUCUCGCCCCCCAUUUCCCCCCGAUGGACCACACAGCGCUGCAAGCGACCAACGCGGCCCGUCGCGCCGAGCUCGCCGGCCCAUCGGGCCUCCUUGGACUGUACCACAACCCGCGGCUGCUCCGGCUCGCGAUGACCACCACCUUGGGCGCCCUCUGCUACGGCUACGAGCAGGGCGCGUAUUCGCAGGUCCUCGUGAUGGAUGCGUUCACCAGCAACCCCAAGUUCGCCCGGAUCGCACACGACUCGUCGUUCAAGGGGUGGAGCGUCUCCACACUGGGGCUUGGCGGUUGGGCCGGUGCACUUUCGAAUGGUUAUCUAUGCGACAGACUGUCUCGCCGGUGGACUCUGCUCGUCGGCGCGUUUAUAUGUUUGUUGGGUACCGCAUUGACCACCGGCGCGCAAAAUGUCGCUUGGAUGGUAAUUCAACUCAUCGUUCUCGAAUCCACGCAUAUCUUCAACUCCCCACAGUUCGUCGGCAGAUUCUUUAUUGGCUGGGCGGUCGGCAGUCUAUCGGCAGUGGUACCCUUGUACAACUCUGAGAUCUCCCCUCCUGAGCUCCGCGGCACGCUCGUCUCAAUCCAACAGCUGGCCAUCGUUUCCGGUAUUUGCAUCUCAUUCUGGGUCGGCUACGGGACCAACUUCAUCUCAGCCUCCAAUUCCGUCUCAUGGCGGCUCUGCCUCGCCGGCCAAGGCAUCCCCGCCCUCCUCCUCGCCGGUCUGACGCUCACAUUGCCGUACACGCCGCGGUGGCUAGUCCGCAAGGGGCGCCACGCCCAAGCGCUCGAGACUCUCGCGUGGCUGCGCAACAUGCCGCCAGACUCGGAGAUCGUGCAGCUCGAAUUCGUCGAGAUCCAGGCCGAGGCGAUGUUUGAGGCCGAGGUUACCGCGGAGCGAUUCCCUCACCUGUUGGGCAAAGGUGCAGGAAAGGAACUGAAAUUGCAGAUCGCUCAGUUCGGCGAGCUGUUCGCAACUAAGCACAUGUUCAAACGAACCGCCGUGGCGUGUCUCACCCAAUUCUUCCAACAAAUGACCGGGAUCGAUGCAAUCGUAUACUACGCCCCGACGAUAUUCCAGUCCCUCGGCCUCCCAGGACACACCGUGUCGCUCCUCGCAGCAGGCGUCAUCGGAGUGGUGUUCGUGAUAUCCACCCUCCCGGCGAUUGCGACGAUCGACCGGAUCGGCCGCCGGCCCCUGCUGAUUGUGGGCGGCGCGGGCAUGGCAGCGAUGCUCAUCCUCGUCGCAGCGCUAUCCGCGACGUACCAGCCGCGCUGGGAAAAUACGGCCGCGGCCUGGUCGACGGCUGUAUUUCUGUGGUUGUAUGUAGCGUUUUUCGGCAUGUCGUGGGGGCCGGUGUCGUGGACUGUUAUAUCUGAAGUGUUUCCACUGUCCACCCGCGCGCACGGCGUCGCUCUAGGCGCAUCGACGAACUGGAUGACCAAUUUCGUCGUGUCGGUCGUCGUCCCCGACAUGCUCUCCGCCAUAACCUACGGAACAUACCUAUUCUUCCUCAUGUUCCUGCUGAUGGGUAUCGCCUUUGCGAUCUGGGUCCUGCCCGAGACGUACGGCAAGUCGCUCGAGGAGAUGGACAGCGCGUUCGGGAGCGCGGGGCACGGCGGCGCGGAAAACGCCCGGAUGGAGCGCAUCCUCUGGAGUCUGCAGGGCGACCUCCGCGCGCUGUCGGCGGACAACGUAAACAAAUCUGAAUGAACGAGACGAAACGAAACGAAACGAAAUCAAUGUACUUUUCCUUUCGCUUCCGAGGCCCUUUGUGUUGCGUGUGGUUAGACCGGUCCGGGAGCGUUUGAUAAAGGUCGUGACGGAUCUACGCGCGAGUGCUAAACAAGUCAGGGCAGUGUCCGUCAGACUGAGCGUUCGAGCGGUAGCUUGGCAUCUCGUCACGCGCCAUCGUGUUUACGUCCGCGUAUAAAGCGUCUGUGUGAGAAAGCAUCAUCCAAGUCGGUCAGCAGCAGCAGCAGCGUUGCGACUCAAAAAUUGAAACCCAGCCCUGAUCAUGCGAUUGACCUGCCUCUUCCUCUCGACCUUCCUGGUCGUGAUCUGCAUCUCGACACCGCGCACUCUCGGCCAAAGCGUAUGCGCAUUCAAAUCAUCGCCGUCGGAAUGCCGCACGCUCUGCGCGCACUGCUGCGCUGCGAAUCCGCAGGACGAGGAGUGUAUGCACAAUCCGGGCACGUCCACGCCCUGCUUCAAUGAUUGCCUCAGCAUAUGAGGAUCGUUACGUAUGUAGUAUGAGGCUCGGUAUCGUUCAUUGCACAUGUCGAGCGAAAUUCCAGACGUCAGAGACAGACUAUCCGACACCAGCUCAAGUGCGCUUGAUAAAGGUCGUGACGGGCCAUCCAGGGCCUGACCGUCAAAACGCGCGCACUCAGCCAUGUUCUGAUCGAUGACAUCCCAGUCCGGGCAGUCAGUCAGUAUAAGAAGCCGCUGGCGAGAACGGCAAAACCGCUGCAGCCGCAGAUCGAACCAUGCGCUUCCACCUGCUCCUGUCCACCCUGGUCGUGCUGACCGUGUCGACGCGCAUCCUCGGGCAAUCAGUCUGCAUCGGGCACGGGACCGCCGCGCAAUGCCACAACUUCUGCGCCGAGUGCUGCGCUGCUCAUCCGACCGACGAGGAGUGCGUCGGCGCCACGCACCCGAGUCCGAUCCUCUGUAUCAACGAUUGCCUGGGGCGCUGAGGGUUCUAGGACCCGUCAAAAUCGACGAUAUGGGCGGGAUUCACUCGUGUAGAUUGGGCCUGAGUCGGGCUAGCCAUGGAUUGAUUGCCAUCUAAUCAAAGACUGCGAGAGUCGGAUAGAGUCGUCCAACAAGCCAUCUUGUCACUGGUUGUCAGUCCGUAAUGCCAAAUCUAAGCCUGAGAAUCCA